CGUCGGUUCGCACAUAGCAGCUGCACGUCUGUAGUCGGUAGCUCGCAGUUUAGUGUUUAGUGUUUACUUCGCCGUGCCUAAAAUCGAUUGAUUCUUACUCAGUAGUGUGUGCAGUGGUACGUGCAUAAAAUUAUAGUCAGGUUGAUUAUUUCAAAAUUCCACAUGUCGUCGCAUAUCAGUCACAAUUAAAAUCAACGUUCUCUUGAAAGCAAAGUGUCGUUCGGUGUGGAGUAGUUUGCGAUGUGCAUUUAAUGCUGCCUAAAAUUGUUCAAGAAAAGUAGGCGUAGCAAAUAUUGUUGGUGCAUGAAAUAUUUGGAGUGAAAGUGCAACGCAAGAAUUAUACACAGGAGUGCACGUAAUAUUUGAAUCCGCGGAUAGGAAAGGCACAAGAAGAAAAAGAAGCGUGAUGUAAAUUUUCAGAAGAUUUUUACCAAUACCGUCAGUACUACGCAAAACAGGGAGAUACACUUCCAUUGCCGAACCGAACGAGGUCACAAUUUUCCUAAACACAAACCUUACGGCAGCCUCGUUGCUUCUUCCGGUUGCCGAAAUGGAAGAGGAAGAGGAGGUAGCCGAUAUUCGGGAGCAGAUAUUUCACAACACGGUUCGAGAGCAUAUCAUAUUUCUAUUGCUGUUUCUGCUGCUUUACCUUGGCAGUUUUGCACUAAUCGGCCGCUUCAGACGACGCGACCGGGAGGAUUUGUUUUCCACAGACGACGAUGAGAUUACAGUUUAUAGAAUUAGUUUAUGGCUAUGCACAUUCUCCUUGGCCGUCGCCGUGGGUGCGGCAUUGCUCCUACCGAUAUCGAUUGCCAGCAACGAGGUUCUGAUACUGUACCCCAACAGCUACUACGUGAAGUGGCUUAACAGUUCACUGAUUCAAGGUCUUUGGAAUCACGUGUUUCUGUUCUCCAAUCUGGCGUUGUUCGUCCUACUACCGUUCGCAUAUCUGUUCACCGAAUCAUCCGGUUUCAGUGGCCAUAAAAAGGGUGUGAUGGCACGGGUCUACGAAACAUUUACCGUGUUUUCGUUGCUCGCCUUCAUUGUGUUCGGAUUGACAUAUAUCAUCUCGGCGCUCCGUGAUCCCGAACGGAGUACGUUCCAAGCCUUAUUUAAUCUAGGAAAAUAUCACCUGCCAUUUUUGUACUCAUGCGUUUCAUUUCUGGGUGUGCUAUUGUUGCUAGUAUGCACUCCCAUGGGAUUCGUAAGACUGUUCGGUGUCGUCGGUCAGGUACUGGUCAAACCGAAUCUACUGCGGGACGUAAACGAAGAAUUCCACGUCUUCAAUUUGGAGGAGGCAACCGUGCGACGAAAGCUUGCGAAUGCUAAUAUUAACAUUGAACUCAAAAGCGUCACAUCGAUCGACUACGGUCCAUCAAAGUUAGUCUCGGAACUGAAGGAUUUGUAUCAAAUCCCAGCCACCAACGGUAUCAGUGAGUCGACAAAACUCUUCGAAAGACUGAGAUCGCUCGAAUCCGAGCGGAAAACGUUAGAUAAGCAACGAAGCUCAUCUGCGCUACAAAGAAACCUUGUGUAUCCGGUAGCAAUGUUGCUAUUGCUUCUUCUCACCGGAAUCACAGUGCUGCUGGUGGUACAGAACACACUGGAACUGCUGAUUGGGAUCAAAGCAGUGCCGUUGAGUACACGGCAAUUUACCCUGGGAAUUACAUCCCUUUCCAAGCUGGGUCCGUUGGGGGCGGCUUUGGAGGUCUGUAUCAUCAUGUAUUUGGGCGUGACGUCGGCGGUAGGUCUCUACACAAUGCCAUUCAUGCGGAACGUUCGGCCUCAGCGACGAAAAACUUCGCUCUCGCAGUUAAUAUCCAACUGUGCGCUUGUGCUGAUUUUAAGUUCUGCCCUGCCAUUACUGACUCGAAUUCUAGGUAUCACAAAUUUCGAUCUUCUGGGCGAUUUCGGCCAGAUCGAGUGGCUGGGCAACUUCCUGAUUGUGCUGCUGUACAAUGUGAUCUUUGGUACGGCGGCCACACUCUGCCUGGUGAACAAAUUCACCGCGACCGUGAGGCGGGAGCUGUGCGCACGGUUGAAGGCCCUGUUCAACUACAGCAGUCAUCUAGAAUCCAGCAUUUAUCACAAUUCAUUAUCCCAUCUGGCCAACCACAGCCAUCCAACGCAGAACAGCACCGGUCAGGUUAGCCAACAUAAUCUCAUCGUGAAUGAAACCAACGAAACGCACAACUCUCAGCCAUCAAAGCACAUUUUAGAAGCGAACGGGUGCACUGCAGUUCCCGUAGUUCCUUCGAUGCCCAACGGUAUAACGGAGAAGAAAAACAUCUGAAUGGACAACCGACUGAUAUUAUCUAGGUGAACUCUAGUUUGCCGUGGUGGAGAAUACCGCAUAAAAUAAAGACUUUUAAUAAUUCAUACACUCUGCUCGACAUUUUCU